AUGACUAGUAUCCAGCGCAGCGAGCUACCCUUUCUCAGCGUGGCAGAACUGGGGCGGCUGAUCCGGACGGGGGAGGUAUCUCCAGUCGAGGCCACCGAGGCCUUCCUGGAGCGCAUUGACCGGAUUGACGGGCAGGUGAACUCCUACAUCACCGUAUGCCGCGAGGAGGCUAGGCAGGCAGCGCGUGAGGCCGAGCAGGCCAUCGCCGCCGGGCAGUACCGGGGGCCGCUGCACGGCAUACCGGUGGCGGUGAAGGACCAGUUCGACACCGCCGGCAUACGCACCACCUACGGCUCGGCCCUGGAGUGGGACCACGUUCCCAAUGAGGAUGCGGUGGUGGUUGCGAAGCUGAAAGAAGCCGGAGCAGUCCUGCUGGGCAAGCUGAACCUGUCGGAGUUCGCGCUGGGCGAGAGUUUCCAUCACCCGGCGGGGCAGCCGCGCAACCCGUGGGACCUGUCCCGCAAUCCCGGCAUCUCCAGCAGCGGCUCGGCCGCGGCCACGGCCGCCUUCCUGUGCGCCUCGGCGCUCGCCGAGGACACCGGCGGCUCCACGCGGAUCCCGGCGGCGUGGAGCGGACUAACUGGACUGCGGCCCACCUGGGGGCUGGUAAGCCGUCGCGGCGUGGCGGGGGUGUCGUGGUCCAUGGACACCGUGGGCCCGAUUACGCACUCCGCCGAGGACUGCGCCCUGACCUUCCAGGCCAUCGCAGGCCACGAUCCGCAGGAUCCGUACUCGUGGAGCGGACCAGUACCUGACUACGCACGGGAACUACAGGGAGGCGUCGACGGGAUGCGGGUCGGCGUGCUCCGGGAGAAGGUGGCCGAGGGCGGGCUGGAGCCGCAAGUGCGUCAGGUCAUCGAGUCGGCUGUCGCACAACUCGGGGAACUGGGCGCGACGGUGCAGGAAGUCUCCAUCCCAAUCGUCGAGAACGCCGGUGCCGUUUCCAAGUGCAUCACCGACAUGGACGGUGCAGCCGUCCACUACGAGCGCCUCAAGACUAGGAUCGCCGAGUACGACCACAAUACGCGAGUGCGGCUGCUCACGGCCAUACUCACCCCGGCACAGGCUCUCUACAAGGCGCAGAAGGUGAGGACGCUGAUUCGACAGGCGGUGCUCGAGGCUCUGGACGAAGUCGACGUCAUCGUCCUGCCCACGUCGCCCACGGGAGCACCGCUGCUGCCAACGGAGGCGGGUAUCAAGAGCCAGGAUGACGCACGUAGCCGCAUCUCAGGAGUGAGGAACUUCACCGGGGCGUUCAACGUGGCGAAUCUGCCCGCGCUGUCCAUCCCCUGCGGGUUCACGGAGGACAACCUACCGCUGUCGCUGCAGAUCGUGGGAAAGCCAAUGGCAGACGGCCUGCUGAUGCGCGUAGCCCACGCCUACCAGCAGGUGACGGACUGGCACUCGCGCAGGCCGCCGCUGGGAGAUUGA